GCGACCAAGACGACGCGUACCAUGGCAGCGUCGUCUCGAGCGCCACCAUCAUGGCCCUCUGCGGCGACGAUGACCCGCCGGUCGAGGCGGCCCCCAACGGCGUCCGUGGCAUCAAGCCAUUGUCCGGAUUGACAAAGAUGUGGAGCUGCGCCAACGCCGAGAUCGGCGUCGUCGGCGCCCAGAUCGCGCAGGUCCGCGGCGGCUUCAAGGUCUACUACGAGGUCCACCUCUCGUUCCCGGACGCGCACAAGCAGUGGACCGUCCGCCGCAGCUACCGCGAGUUCAGCGACCUCCACGCGACGCUGCACAAGACGUUUGGCCGCAAGCUGGACCGACAAAGCGCCGUCUUCCCCAAGCAGGCGCGGGUCGAGUGGGCGUGGAGCCAGGAAACGCGCUGCGUCCAAGCCGCGCGGCGCCUCAAGCUCAAACUCAACGCGUACUUGCACCGGCUCCUCGAGCUCCACGACGUGCACACGAGCCCCAUCUUUCGGGCCUUCUUUGACUUUCGAGACCAAGACGUGAUGCCCACGUCGUCGCUCACGCAGCUCGACCUCGACGCGGUCUCGCCCCUCUCGUCGACCGACUCGACGUCGUCGUCCGUCAACGACGUUGGCAGCGCAUCGUCGGCGACGAUCAGCCUCUCGUCGCUGCCGUCGACCGCCUCGACAUCGUCGUCGUCGGCGUCUCUAACGUCGCAGCCGACCUCGCUGCCCCGGCGUGCAAGCGACACGACGGCCUUUCGGAAGCGUGGCAACGACAAGCAGCUCGCGUCAACGUUUAGCCUCGGGACACAGACAAGCGCCAACCUCUCGGCGUUGGAUCCCAUCGCGCUCAAAGCCCUGCACGACCGGUCCCUGCACACGCUGCCGCCGCCGUCCCGCGUCGUCAAGACCACCUCCGACUGUCCGUCGGUCGUCCUCUACGGCCAGUCGAUCUCGCUCCGGGCGCACGCCGGCCUCGUCAUCGGGCUCCAUAAACGCAGUGCGUGGUCCGGCUCGCAGCGCGUCGGCGCUGUGGCCGCCGUGGCUGCCGGCAUCACCUUUCUCUCGGGCCCGAUUGGGAUUACCAUCGGAGCGCUCGGCUCCCUCGGCAAGCACCAUCUGAGUAAAACGUACUCGCUUGGCACAUCCCGCAAGGAGGCGGCGAAGUACGAUGAAUUCCGCAUCCAGAUUGCCGAGGCGUUUUCGAGCCCGUCGCGGCCCGUGCAGUAUGGCGACUGCGUCCGCUUGCUCAACGUGCACAAGCACCAGUACGUGCGCAUCACGGUGCCGUCCGACUCGAAGCGGGGGUACCUCACGGCCGACAGUAGCGGCAAAGGCACGGUCUUCAAGUGCGUCUCGCCGCUGGGCUACCGCGGCCCGGUCGUGUGCGGCAGUCCUCUGUGCCUCCAAGUGGCCGACGCGGCGAGUCCAUGGUACCACGAUCUCAUUGCAAUCCACAAGGACUACGUGACGACCGAUGGCAGUCCGGCCAUCUUCAAGCUCGGCAUCUACAACCACCCGUGCAUGGCCAACGACGACAUUGCCAUGACGGUCGCGCGUCCGAUGCCGCGCUCCGUGACGGUCCGCGUCGCCGUCUACAACGUCUGGCUCAUGCCGCCGAUCGUCACGACGUUCGUCAACGUGUCUGCCUACAAGACGCAGCGCGCGCUCGCAAUUCCAAAAGCACUCGCCGCGUCGACGACCAACCUCCCGGACGUCAUCGUGUUUUGCGAAGCCUUUGACGUCGAGGCGAAAGCGUUGCUCGCGUCCGGCAUGAAGCAACUCGGGUAUCUCUACGAGACGCGCGUGGCCGGCGAGCGCAGCAACAUGAAGGCGCUCAUGAGCGGCGUCUUUGCCAUGAGCCGAUACCCGAUCGCCGCGUACGACGAGCUGCUCUUUGGCGGCACGUCGCUCGGCGAUGACAAGGCGGCCGACAAGGCGGCCAUCUACUUUGAGCUCCACAAGGGCGGCGAAGUCAUCCACAUUGUCGGGACGCACCUCCAAGCGUGGGAGUCGCCUGGCGCCGUGGCCACGCGGAAGAAGCAGAUGGCCAUGAUGAUGACGUGGCUCGAUGCCAAGAUGCUUCCGAAGCGCGACGCACUCCUCUUUGCAGGCGACUUCAACAUUGACAAGAUGCUCGCUGAACCCAACGAGUUUGACGAGAUGCUCGAGCGCCUCCACGCCCGCGACGCGGACCUCGCCGAGGGGAGCAGCCCGUUCAGCUUUGAUCCGUUCACCAAUGUGCUCGCGUCCAGCGGCAUUAGCUCGGGCGGCAAGCAAGAACGACUCGACUACGUCAUGUACAGCAGCGGCCAUCGGGAGCCGCACGCUGCGACCGCGCGCGUUCUGCCGUUGAAAGCGCUCGACGGCUGGCCCGACGUGCGCAACAACGACCGCGAGACGCUCGUUAUGGACCUCUCGGACCACUACCCGGUCCUCGGCGAGUUUACCUUUGGGUAGUAAUCGCCUCUUAUUUAAACAUCUUGAUUUAACGUUGUCUAC